GACCAGGAGUAGUAUUUGCCUUGAACAUGCGUCAGGCAGGCCCUCACCAUGCCCACCCUCUUGCCUAACUUAAUGACAGAAGCCUUUCAGUAUGAUGAGGAUGCGGAAGCCUGUGAUUUGGGGGACGUCGUGGGCUUCAGGGCGACCUUCCUGCCCAUAGUAUACUCCCUCGUGUUUGCCUUUGGCUUAGUGGGAAAUUUGCUGGUGGUGUCUUCCCUCACCCACAGCCAGAAGUUCAAGAGUAUCACCGACAUUUACCUCCUGAACCUGGCCUUGUCCGAUCUGCUCUUUGUAGCCACCUUGCCCUUCUGGAUUCACUACCAGAUAAGAGAACAAAGCUUUCAUAACGCUAUGUGCAAACUCACUACCGCCUUCUUCUUUAUUGGAUUUUUUGGAGGCAUAUUCUUCAUCACCAUCAUCAGCAUCGAUAGGUACCGGGCCAUCGUGCUGGCCGCCAACUCCAUGAAAAACCGGACCGUGCAGCAUGGCGUCAUCAUCAGCCUGGGCGUCUGGGCAGCAGCCAUCUUGAUGGCCGCACCCCAGUUCAUGUUCACAAAACUUACAGAAAACGAAUGCUUUGGGGACUACCCUGAGGUCCUGCAAGGUUUCUGGCCUGUGCUCCGCAACAUGGAAGUAAAUAUGGUUGGCUUCCUGCUCCCCCUGCUAAUCAUGAGUUACUGUUACUUCAGAAUCAUACAGACACUGUUUUCUUGCAAGAACAACAAGAAAGCUAAAGCUAUUAAACUCAUCUUUCUGGUAGUCAUCGUGUUUUUCCUCUUCUGGACACCCUACAACAUUAUGGUUUUCUUAGAGACGCUCCUCCUCUAUGACUUUUUUCCCAGCUGUGAGAUGAAGCAGGCUCUGAAACUGGCCCUCAGUGUGACUGAGACAAUUGCAUUUAUCCACUGUUGUCUCAAUCCCUUUAUCUAUGCAUUUGCUGGAGAGAAGUUCAGAAGAUAUCUUUACCACCUGUAUAGGAAAUGCCUGGCUGUCCUGUGCGGUGGUUCCGUCCCUGUCAGUUUCUCCUCUUCUGAAUCACAAAGGAGCAAGAGGGAAAGUGUUCUGAGCAGCAAUUUGACUAACUACACCAGUGAUGAAGAUGCGUCCAUGGUUCUCUGAAGAGAUCCCCAAAGCAUCAUCCCUAGAGACAGCCUGGGUCUCCUGAGUCUGACACUGAAAAAUGAGGACAAAUUUUUCUUCUUUCUUACCUGCAAGAAAUGAUGGGCCGAAUUCCUCGCCCCCCACAAAAAUAAUGGAGAAAUAAAAAGAACUCUGGCCCAAACUGAGGAGAAUUUCCAAUCCCAACUCACUAUGACUUACCCACUGAGUAUCUUAGGGCCAACCGAGCUUCAGUUUCCUCAUCUGUAGAAUAGAGACAAUGAUACUUUCCACAUCGGUAGCAUCGUUUCCAGCCUAAAGGACCAGCCACCAACUGUUGCAGGUUCCAACACGCUGGUCUGGUUCCCAGACUUCAGCUUGCCCCCGA